AAUCAACUGCGUUGUCGUUGGGGCCGCGGCAGCCAAUCUGCGCCGUCCGUGUGGCGGGCAGCCGUCACGAGUUUGUGGUUGGCGGCGGUGGUGGUGGUUGUUGCUGCUGCUGGUGCUUGUAAUUGUUGUUGUGGUUCUUAUCCGUCAGUGUUAUUGUCGUCGUCGUCGGCGGCGAUGAUGAAGGCCGUGCUGACCUUGUGGCUCACGGCCUCGUGGGCUAUGGCCGAGGUGUUUUUCGAGGAGAGGUUCAGCGACGGCGAUGGAUGGCAGCCCCGCUGGGUGGAGUCCCAACACAAGUCCGACUAUGGAAAAAUGAGGCUCUCAGCCGGUGCCUUCUACGGCGACGCAGAGAGAGACAAAGGCCUGCAGACGACCCAGGACGUGCGCUUCUAUGCCAUCUCGGCCGCGUUUCCGCCCUUCAGCAACAAGGGCCGCACGCUUGUGCUGCAGUUCAGCGUCAAGCACGAGCAGGACAUCGAUUGCGGCGGCGGCUACGUCAAGCUGUUCCCCGCCGAGCUCGACCAGCAGGACAUGCACGGGGACUCGCGAUACUACCUCAUGUUCGGCCCGGACAUCUGUGGGCCCGGCACGAAGAAGGUGCACGUGAUCAUCAACUACAAGGGCAAGAACCACCUCAUCAACAAGGACAUCCGCUGCAGGGACGACGAGUUCACGCACCUCUACACGCUGGUCCUGCGGCCGGACCAGACGUACGAGGUGAAGAUCGACGGCGAGCGCGUGGAGUCGGGCAGCCUCGAGGACGACUGGGACGUGCUGCCCCCACGCAGGGUCGAGGACCCCGCGGCCGUGCGCCCCGACGACUGGGAUGAGCGGCCGUCCAUUGAUGACCCCCACGACACCAAGCCCGAGGAUUGGGACCAGCCGGAGCACAUCCCUGACCCAGACGCCAAGAAGCCGGACGAUUGGGACGACGAAAUGGACGGGGAGUGGGAACCGCCCAUGGUGGAGAACCCCGACUUUAAGAGCGAGUGGAAACCCAAGCAGAUCAGCAACCCAGACUACAAGGGCACGUGGGUUCACCCCAAGAUCGACAACCCGGACUUCGCGUCCGACCCCAACAUUUACUAUUUCGACAACAUCGGGGUGCUGGGUCUCGACCUCUGGCAGGUGAAGUCGGGCACGAUAUUCGACAACUUCCUCAUCACCGACGAUGAGCAGUAUGCGGAGGAGGUUGCCAAGAAGACCUGGGGGCUCACCAAGGACGCGGAGAGAAAGAUGAAGGAGGAGAGAAGGAAGCGCGAAGACAGUGACAACGACGAUGGCGGUAACGAGGGGGACGCGACCCCCGGCAAGCAGGACCCUGACCCGGCCGAGGACAGCGAGGAGGAGGAGGACGAUGACGAAGAUGACGACGAGAAGGAGGAGGAGGUGGAGGAGGAGGAGGAGAAAGAUGAGGUUAAGGAGGAGGACUCGCUAGGGGAGCACUCGAAAGACGAGCUGUAAGGGAGGUCGUGAGGCAGAGGCUGGGUGGCGUGGGCUCAUUGCGGAGCUCACGCGCUGGUGCACACACCCAACGCAAAAACUGCGCCAACAACCCCCCUCCCCCGCCGCCCCGCAGCAAAGCUGCGUUUUGUGAAAGCGCUUCCACACCUGAGCCAUCUGUUGCAUGCAACCGCAUUGCUAAUGUUUGGACGUUCCCCGUCGCCAGUUGCGAGCGGUUUGCGCUACCGGCCGCUUUGCAGUCGAGGCGGAUUCUGCUUGCAAGUGGCGGUCUGCUCGGCGAUUUGCAGUGGCGUAAUUGGCCACGUGCGCGCUUGCGAACAGUCGCUGUAAGGGGCAUGGCCGGACACGCCGUUGGUGCGCGCAACUGCUCGCCCAGGCGUGGACAGAAGCAGCUCCCAAGUGAUUUAGGUUGCACGAUUUCGAGUGCGAUCGGUUGCGCAGCGGAUCGUUGGGAUGUGCAUGCAGCUUUGCAGCGCCACGGUUGUGCACGGCCGUCGAUGCGGUCUCUUGAGUGGCGGUUGAGUUGAACAGCUGGCAAUCCUCUGUUGUCACCGAGACCGAAUUGAACAGCAAAUUCCUCUGCCAUCGCAGCCCAGGUGUACACAGCACAAAGCAGGCCUACCCCGCCAUCUGUCCUCUGCUAGGCCAGCGAGAAUUCGUACAUCUUGCCUCUUCUCCACUCACGCUAUCGGCCGCUAUCCACACCAUGUCGUGAGAUGACGAUUUGCCCGCUAAGAGAACUGCCGCAGAGCAGGGCAUCGCCCCGUGUGUCAAGAGAACGGUCCGAGGAAGGUGAUAUGGCAGAACUGCUUCUGAGAUGCCUUCACGUGACCUCUUAACCCACGCUAGGGAGCGCUGCAAUUCCCCGCACGUUCCGCUUUAUUAGAGAUGGGUUUUUUGUUGCAGUCGUUGUUGACCAGGCUGAGACCAUUUACUCCCUGCGCUCGAAAACACCCAGCUUCACCCCCACCGGCUGUUGAGAUCCAGACUCGAACCCGGGGAUUCUCAUCGGCGUAGGCUCCGUGCUUAAACCUCCGCAAUUUAAAUUCACAAGUGCUGCACGAUGUGCAGUGUAAACUGUGGUCCUCCCACAGUAUCGCGUGUGGUGCGGGCGUCGGUAGGAGAUGAGGAUCCCAUCAGCGAUCGGCCAUGGUCAGUCCACUGCUGGAUGAAACACUCCCAAGUUGAGAUGACGGGGGCGGGAAUACAUCCUCCCUGACUGCAAUCAAAAUUUAACCUCACGUGCACUUUCCGUCGUCCGUGUUGCUUGUUGUCCCGUGUUUAGUGACGUAGCACUUUGUGUAAAUGAUCGUCGGGUGUCUGGAGGAAUGCGACGCGGUAGUCCGUGGUAGAGGUUUCCGCCCGGCCGGUGUAAGUGAGGUGUAGUAGUAGUAGUAGCUGUAGGCCGUGGCAGUGCUGUGAUUGGUGUUCCGAGCAGACGGGGCCCUGCGUGGAGCGGUGGCUCCGAGCGAGACUGUGAGUGGUGCGUGAAGCGCGUUUUUUCUACCCGUAGCGUGUGACCUGUGUCUUAGUGAUCAUCGCUGCGGUGUCUGGUCCGUACGAAUGACCAAGGCUGAGUGGUGAGAAGUUCAGUGUCCUCGUUCAGAACACUGAUAAAACUAGAGAUCAGACACCAAUCCCAGCUGUACCACGAGCCCCCUAGCAUUGCACCUCGUCUGCUGGCUCCUGGAGGAACCCCUGCACCUUGAAUAAGACAGAGGGAGGGAGCAAGAGGGUGGUAGGAGGGGGGGGGUAUCCCGAAUGGAAAAGAGAAAUCUGCAAAAACAAAUGCGCUUUCACGGAGAGACGGCCGUUCAGUGCUGAAUCUUCGUGGCAGAAUGGACGGGCGGACAGCAGCAGCGUCUCCAUCGCAUUCGUACAGCCGUUUCUCCUCA